AUGACUUCCUUCUUCACGGUCAACAACAACGUCUCGCUCGUCAGCAUCACUAUUGCUCCAAGCACGUAUCUUAUCACUGUUGCUCUCCUUCUUGUCUUUGCCAUUAUCUACAUUCCCCGUCUCUUGGCUUGCCGAUUUCCUAAUCUGGGCAUACCGUUGCCAUCGCUGGCUUCAAUAUUACAGCCAAUACUUGGAGAUCCAACAGACAGUCAAAGACAACCGACCAAAACUGAAAAGGCUCUGCCAGAGCCACCAUAUGUCGCCACCGGACUUGUAUUCGAGGAUCAACAGCAACUCGUCAUCUCUGGGCAGGAUAUUGUCCUUGCGCAGCGCCGCCAUUACCUCCAACAACAACAACGGCUUCUCCUCGAGAAGCAAAAGCAACUUGAGUUUCAAGAAGUAGAAUAUCGUCGUCGUCGGGAAUCUCACCAGGAUUCAUCACCAUCAAAGAAAUCCAUUGACAAUGGAUCCCCUCGAAGGUCUAGACGCCAGCCUACAGGACUUCGAUCUCCCACCAAGUCCAUCACUGCCCCAUCACUCAGUUCACCGCAGCGAAGCAGCAAUGACAGAAGGGGAUCUCGAGGACUCGGAGACCGCCUCCGCGGUGGUUUCUGGAGAGCUCCUCAGGACUUUAUGCACCGAGGAAUGAGUACGCUCAGGGAGAGUUCCCCCGAAUUGGAUGAGAGUGAGGACGACGGUGUCCUGGAGAGAGCCAUUCGGACGAAGUUGCCUAAAGGGAGCCAGAGUCCAGGCAAAGGCAGGAGUAUGAGCCCAGAGAAAAUGGAUGAUCCUACAAUUCAGUUCCAACUCCAGGACAAGACAAGUCCUUCAAGAGAGCUGGGCUUGCAUGAAGCAACACCAGAUAACUAUAUCCGUUUUGCUGUCCGUGCCGAAGUUCAGCAUCGCACUGAACCUAUUGAGACAGCCAUCAACUUCAUCCGUGAUCACUAUAAAGCGCUUACAAGAACGUGGUCAACAACUUUCACCACCAUCAUCGUUGCCUUCUUCUCUAUCUCUAUCUUCAAGUCUCUCUUACAGCCCGCUGCCCCACGUCCAGUUGGUGAUCUUGUGAAAGUUGCAGGACUCGCUCGCUCAUUCGAACCCCUCAUCUAUUACUCUGAACAUGCUGUCGCUCAAGUGCAUGAUCUUCAGGCGACCAGUGUUGCUGUCUGGGAUCUUGGCGAGAGUGUGCGUACAAGCGACAUGCGCGACGCUCCUAGAAUCGUGGCAGACCUAGAUGCUCUCAGUGAAACCAUGAAAACACUGGCCAUAGAGAUGACCAAAUUCUUUGCCAGAGUCGAUGGUGAUAUCGAUGGCAUCCUCAACGUCAUGGAUUGGGCCAAAAUGCACCUCAACCGCCUCAAAUCAUCCCCUUCUCCUUCAACUAUCUCCUCAGCCUACGACAACAUCCACAACCUUCUCUCUCAAGCACACGUCCUUGAGGACGCCUCCGGCUCACCUACCACCCUUGGCCGCUUGACCAGUCACAUCUUUGGCCUCUCAAAUCCGCAGAGGGAGCAACGCAUGGUGCAACUCCUCUUCACCGAAUUUCUUUCCGUCCUUGAAGACUCCAUCCAGGCUGAGCUACAACAUAGCGUCACCCUAUUCGCCCUUUUCGAAGCUGUGGACCAUCACUUCCUAAAUCUCGCCCGCACUGUUGUCCGCGAAUCGUCUGCCCAGGAAGAACUUCAUGCCGAUAUGCUUUCGAGCCUCUGGACACGGCUCCUUGGUACAAGAGCGGCCGAAUUACGUAAAUUUGAGCAGAAUCGUCUGCUAUUACGUGACGUCCGGGAAAAGACGGUGCGCAAUAAAGGCAUUCUUGUCGAGCACAACGGCAAACUUUUGACUCUAAAAGCAUCGCUAGAAACUCUCCGCAGCAAGCUCGUCUCGCCUCUUGUUCGCGGCGUCAACUCUACAACACUCACCUUGGAGGAUCAAAUCCGUGGUCUAAGCGAUGUGAGCGAUUAUCUCGGUGAUGUUAGGAAACAGCAGAAGGGCAAAGUCAUGGAGACACUAUUUGGCAGCGUCCCCAGCAAAAAGUAUGCAAUUGAAGACAGGCCUGGCACUGUUGUCGUAAAUCCCCUCUAA